CAGAGCUGGAGCCAGCAGGAGUAUAAAUAUCCUCCCGCUGCUCUCUGUGCCUCACUCACUCCCUCCACAAGCCCGAGCCCGAGCAGAGCCGCUCCGGCAGAGCAGAGCGCACCCAGCAGCUCACCAGGGCCACCGUGCACAAACAAAGCCGAGAUGUCUUCCUACGUGUCGUCAGAAAGCCGCCGGGUCAGCCCGUCCAUCCGCGGGAACAAGUUCGACACGGCGCACCGCAAAAAGGCCGCGGGCAACAUCUUCGAGAGCGUCAACCAGGACGCGCUGAUGCGCCUGUUCGUGAAAACGGGCGACAUGAAGGCGGAGGAGAGGGUGCGGAGCAUCUUCUCCUACACGCAGGACCCGGAGGAGACGAAGCGGGCCCUGAUGGCCCUCAAGCAGCGGAAGAAGGACAAGUUCCUCCAGAUCGCCGGCAUGGUGCGGCAGCUGCUGAAGCUGCGAUGAUCUGUCUUUGCGCUUCACCGCUUUAUGUGUGAGCGGUGUGUGAAAACAUUCCUACUGCGGCUGCGGCUGCGACGCACCGAAAGGACGCUGCAUGCGUCCGGAAAAAGGCUGCAGAGAAAGAGAUGGAGGAGGAGGAGAAGCUGCAGCUGCAGCGAGCCGCCUGGAUGGGCGGCGACGGCCCGGCUGUGGCCUCACGGACGGAGGCCACAUCGGAGAGUCCUGCCUGGAGCAGGUGGACACACGAGAUACUGGGAAUACGAAGGGGAGCUCCGGUAGCUUCCCCCACCAGACUUUGAUUUGAUGAAUGCAUUCUUGUGGAUGCGAGACUGAAGCAGCACCUUGCACAGGUGCGCAUCACUGUGUCGAUGCUGGUGCACAUGCUGCAACAAAGAGACGUGAUGGUGCUGCAGAAGAACAUGCCUACAUUCCUGCCUGUCCUACACACAUGCCUUGUCUCCGAGCUUCACUUUGAUGUAUGAACUCGACUCAUUAGUGGCCACUAAUGUGUUUCUAAUGCAUUAUCACCAAAAUGUCAUAGCACAAUUUAUAUGACUGCAACGUUCCUUUGAUUGUUAUUUUAAUAAAUUAUUUCAUACUAAAGUUGAA